AUGCAUUGCCAGACGGAAAACUGCCUCCCUUUACAGGAGAUGGCUUCAGCGGCAGGGUCCGGACAACUUCAGUCUCAGGAGGAAGAAGAAAAGGACCUCGAUUGCCCUUCAUUUGCAGAAAGGGAGGCGCCGCCUCGCCGGGGUUGGCUAAUGAGGCAAAGAUCUGCGCUGGGCGCCUCUGAGACCUCUGCGCAAUGCUUGAGUGCAAAUUGGCGAAGCUCGGUGCAGCAAGUGAAAAGUGAAGCACCAAAAACAGAGGACGACAGCUUACAGGAAGAAACGAAAAGGCGCUGCGCAAAGACGCCGUGGUGCUUCGGCUUCUUAUCUCCUGCCCGUAUCUGUCAGUGGCUGAGGAGAAAGAAGGCGCGCAAGAAACCUCAAAGCAGACAACUCCCGUGUAGCCUCAUCCGCAUCAACCCAAGCGCUGAACUUGUUCCUUUUCUCCCUCCUCAACUUCCGAAAGAUGCGGGCAAGAAGACUUUAGUGUUGGACCUGGAUGAGACUCUCGUGCGUAGCAGCUUAGUCAAGCCUCGCACUUACACUUUUGUUGUGACGGUGCGCCUGUUCCCUUUCCCUUUUAUCCUCUCAAAGUUCUACACGUUUUGGUUCUUCCAGACGUUGGGCGUCACUAAAUUUUUAAAGGAAAUGUCGAAGCUGUAUGAGGUUGUCAUCUUCACUGCCUCUGUGUCCGGAUACGCGGAUUUGGUAGUGGACAAAAUUGACCCGCACAAACUGUGCUCGUACAGACUCUUCCGAGAAUACUGCACGUACCAGAGCGGCGCCUUUAUUAAAGAUUUAUCUCUUCUAGGCCGUGAACUUCGCAACGUGAUUAUUAUAGACAACUCCACCAAGGCCUACUUGUGGCACAUGGAAAACGCAAUACCCAUCAAAAGCUGGUUUGACGAUCCAAAUGACACAGAACUGCUCGAUCUGAUACCUAUACUGCGUUCCCUUGCGACGGUGUACGACAUACGCCCUGUGAUCAGGGAGGCUUUACUGCGCUACUUUUGA